AUGGCGAGGACGUACGUCGCGUGGCUGAAGAGUCGCAGUAAACGCGCGGCGACCGUCACCGCUCUCAAGGCGAACAUGCAGAAGACGUUGGUGAAGGAGCUCUGGGACCGGAUCGAGUGCAGACAAGAGGAGCUCGUCGAUAAAACGAUCGCACGCCGUACGUUGGACCAGUCCAGGUACGAGAAACAGAUGGUGACCAAGCUGUGCGAGGUACGGAACCAAAUGAGCAUCAUGACCGAAAAUCAGAAGAUCCUCGAGAACAUGACAGCGACGGCGAACGAGGUGGAGUAUCGCGCGAUCCACGAGCGGGUUAAGGACGUCGCCUCGAGACGGCAAAAAGAUCUGGAAAUCGAGUGUCAGCGUAUGUGCGAACUACGGGUAAGACUUCGCGAGAAGAAGGUGCAGAUGUUGGAGGAGAAGCAUCGAAAUCUUUGCCGCGAAACCGUUCUGGACAUACUGAAUCUCGCGAUGAGGAUCGAGGAUUAUCGGCAGAUGAACGACGGAAUCGUACCGCAGACGAUAUUACGGGAAUGGACGACCAAGUUCGUCAGAGGCGAGUCGCUGUUCGACGACGAUUUACCGAUCGGGUUGACAAGCGGCGACUCGGCCGAAAUAGACGUGAGCCCGAUACUCGAGGAGUCGCUUCGUGUCAAACUCGAGAAGGCCAAGGUUUUACGGGAAUCGCUUUUCGACGAUUAUCUCGAGUCGAGACCUCCGUGGAAGCAAUCCUCGUGGUUACCAGCGGAGGACGCGACGGAAACGAUGGAGCUGGGUCGAACGGUGCUCGGUUACGUCGUCCAUCGACUUCUAAAUUACAUUCAUCCACAGUCGAGCGACGUCGAGACUCGUGCCUUGCUCCCGAAACCGGAAAACAUAGCGAUUAUUUUGGGCAUUAUGAAUCCUACGAUGCACGAGUCGUUUCGCGGGCUGCUCGAUAAUACCGAUGUUCGUUUGGUACGGAUGGAGGACGCGAUCAAUUACUGCCUGGAUCGGUACAAGAACGAGUCCCUGGACGUCGAGUACAUCGACGCGAGCGUGAUCGCUGCUACCGACGAAUUCGUCAAGAGCCUCGAAAGCGGCAAGCAUCGGAUCACGUGUCCGGCCCAACGUGUCAGCGUCAGUUCCAAGUCGGACGAUGGUUACUCGCGUCGCGGUAGAACGUCCUUGCUGUUCAGGCGCAGCUUGGUCGAGAGGACGGACGGGGCAAAGACGUCGGAAAAGCAAACGCAGACACCCAGGAACAUACCCCACGACGAUCUUGAUACGAUGCUGACCGACUCGGCGUUUAUCGGUAAGUGCGCGUACGAGUUUCUCGCGUUGGGCCAGCCGAUCACGAACGAUCUCGCGACCAAGAUCCUCGUCGAGUACCUGAAGACUUUGGACAACACGAAAGGCUGGGCGUUCAUCGACUAUCCGAACACGUACGAGCAAAUGUCGCUGCUGGAAACGGCUCUGACGGGUUUCAAGGUACCACCGGAUCCCGAGCCGCUAGACUUCGAGCACGUGACGAUAGAGGACAUCGAGCCCAAAUCUCCGCGAAUGGUUUACGAGGAGGAAAUCGAUCCGAGCGAUCACUACAGAUUGUCGAGACUCGUGCCGAAUCCACUCAAACGGAUCAAGGACAUCGUGAUACCGACGUUCGCGAAUCUGUUUGUUCGAGUCUCGCAGAAACCGAAGAACUUCGAGCUUCAGGAUUGCUCGUACGAGAGAUUGAGUCGAAACGCGCCUUCGGUCGAUAAAUUCUAUGCGUCCAGAGAGAUCGGUUACUUUCUCUACUACACCAAUUUGGACCGGACGACGUUGAAGAGAUUGGCGCGGCUGGUGGUCGGUGAACAGUUGCGGGGAAAAUCGUCCGAGGAAUUGUUCGGCGACCUUCCGAAGAGCCGCGAACGAAGCAAGGAGCGCAACAGCGUCGGCUCGAAAGCGCCGGUCGUGCGACACAUGUUGUCCGAGUCUAGCGAGGACAAAGACGUUUCGAACGAAAUCACGGAAAGGGAAGAGGAGGCGGAGAUCGAGAUGGAGGAGGACGAGGAGGAGGUGGGACGCGGUGAUUACGAUUUGGAGCAGCGACGUGUCAGACCCGGCGAGGAGAAUUGGGAAUGGAUCGAGUUUCCUCUGCCUUCCGUAUUGGUCGAAAUUCUCUCGGACCUCUGGCAGAGCAUGGAACGGUGCUACGUCGACGAUACGAAGGAACUGUUGCUCUUGAAGAGUAUUCACUCGUCGGGCAUCGUUCCGUACAAGAAUUUCCUCACGAGGAACACGGCCGAGUUCAUGAAACGACCGGACAACAAACAGGAUCUGUUGCACCGAUUUCAUUUGGCUUUCAACGCCAUCGACGGGGACGCGCGACACGACGAGGAUAUUAAAUGCGAGCUGCAUCGUCGUCUGGCCGAUUUUCAGGCGGAGCUGUGGGAGAUUUGCGACCGAAGACGACACGAGGCGGAGAACGAACGAAGGCGGUUCAUCGACGAGGAAUGGACCGUCUACGAGACGACGGUUCUUUUCAACGUUUACGUCGGUCUACUUCAGGCCGAGUUGGAUCGAUUCGUAGACACGAUGCACCUGCUCGAGGAUUACUAUUCGGCGAUGCUGGGAAAACCAUUGCGGGACACGCGUUUCGCGAAAGUUGUCCUGCAGCGAAUACAAGUGGGCGACGUCGAUCCUGUAUUCGUUCACGAACGAUCGGCCCGAUUUCUCCAGCUCGAUGACGCGAAAUCGACGACCGAUCGAACCGAGACGAAACGGCCGAAGAGCAAGGCUGGAUCCGUGAGAACAACCGUCCAGGUUCCUCACCAGGCUCCAUCCCCUCCACCUCCUAUCCUCGAUUACAUUCUUCUUCGGAAAGAAAUCACGGAUCUGUUGAUAGACAGGGAAGCCCGAUCUCGCGAUCUCGAGGAGAUUCGCGUUUUCAAGGCGAUCACGGAGAACGUUCGUUACGCGAGAAACAUCGUCGAUACUCUGUCCGCGACGGCGAUCGAUUUCGUCGAGGGUGAAAACGUCGCGAUUCCCACGGACAAUGAUUUCACGAUCGACUCGAACCGCGGACUGGAUCUCGCGUUGGAACGUCGUUACGCCGUCGCUUACGAGAUCGAUCGUAUUCGCCAGAAACUGGACUCGAUAGCGGCCACCGCUCACACGGAAUUUGCGUUCUUGCUGGACACGAUGCGGAACAGUUUCCAUCGAAUCUACGACUCCAUUUUGGACAGGUUUUCUUUUCAAAAUUCAGAAACUUCCGAAUUCAAAAUGGUAGAAAGCCUUUUCCCUACUUCCCUACUAGGGGAAAAAGUAACGUAG